CAAAGAUAAACAGAACCGGCUUUGCAGUUCUCCGACCCUAUUUGCUUUGUCCCCGAGCUCUCGAUUUCUGCUCAGCGUCCGAUGUUUGGGACAGCGAUUAGGUAUGCAGCUAAGACAUCAAAGCCAAAGAUGAAACCAAUAGAGCUUAAAACCCCACCAGAGCAGAGGCAAACAAUCACUAGGGUUCUUUUUGAUAUUGUGAAGGAGCAUGGCCCUCUCACUGUUGCAGAGACAUGGGAACAUGUGAAGGAAGUUGGAUUGAAAGAUUUGACGUGCAAGAGGCACAUGAAGAUAGUACUGAGAUGGAUGAGAGAGAGGCAGAAAGUUCGCCUGAUAUGCAACCAUGUAGGGGCUCAUAAGCAGUUUCUGUAUUCCACUUGGUUUACAAAGCCCGCCUCUGUGCAGGCAAAGACAGUGAAUUUUCCUUCCAAACCAAAGUCCCCCUGAAAGCUUCUGAUCAUCAUCAUUUUAUGUGUACAUACCAAGGGACUCAAUGAUGAAGCUAUACUAGCUCUAAUGAUUGACACUGCUAGAGAUCCCAUGUAUGAUCCCUUGCUGUCCAAUCCAUGUUUUCUUUUGGAUCUUCUAUGGCAUGUGGGCUUUGCAUUUGGUCUUGAUGACUAGACUUAGCACAGUUUCUUAUUUGGCAAAGGUAUACAUUUCUUGUCUCUAAUUUUAUAUAAUGUUUCAGUUUGGUCCAUUAAUUUUAUAAACCGGCUUUUUUAAUCUUCUAA